AUGGAUACAGAGGAGGAAAAGGCUUUGAGGGAGUCUUCAAGAAACAUGAAGACGACCGUCCAGAUAAUACAGGAGAAGAUGGACCAGCAAGCUUUAAUAUACGAAUCCAUUGAGGCCGAAACAGAAAGAAAUGGGAAGAUUUUGUUCCUGAACAUUCGAAGGUUCGAAGAAGCAAUCAGGAGAAUGAACAGCGAUCCAAGGAACAAAAUAAUAUUUAUGUUAUUUCUGGUGAUUGUAGGAUGCAGUGGAUAUCUAUUCUUUUAG